CGCACAACCACCAGCUUCCGAUCGCCCCUUCCAUACCCCACUAGGCAAMAGCGAUCGCACGCACCAUGUYCGCUUCCUCKUCGUAUUCUCGGCACCGUCGGGAACCACGGCGAAGGCGGAGGAACCUGGCGUCCUCCGUCGCCGCCACCACGGCCACCGUAGCCGUGGCGUACGGAACCUAUCGCCUGGCACGAUGGUACUGGGACGAGGAGGAGGACGGCGACGAGUACCACCAGCGCGAGUGCGACCGCGAAGCCGGCGAGGGAAGGGAGCAYCCGCUGGAAGAAGACCYCCCCCGCCCGUCCUCUCGUGCCGGGGAACCCCCAYCGCGCCCCCCGGCGAGCGCCGCAAGAACGAGCGGGGSCGACCCCUGGAUSCCCCCCGCGGUGACCGGAGCCCUGGGCUGGCUGGCCAGGACCGCGGUCGGCGCCGUUGUGGCGGGCGUCCCGRGSGGCUCCGGACACCACGGCCCCGGGAGCGGCCCUUCCCGGCCGACGCGGCGGCAGAAGCUGGCCCGCUGCCGGUACAGGGCGGGGGCGGCCUUUGGAGGGUGCUUCUCGUCCCUGCGGCCCGCGAUCGAGGGCAGGACCGACGCCUCGGUCCAGACGAGGGAGCUCCGGGCCCUGCGCAAGCGGAAACAGGAGCUGAGGGGGGCAUCCACCCCGGCCAAACCCGGCCCGGGGGAAAGCGUCGCCGAUCUGACCGACAGCGGAGCCUCUUCCGCCGCCUCUCCGCCCCCCGCGUCCGAGAACGAGCGGGAACUACGGAAACUGCAGCGCCAGGAAGAGGAUCUGUGGCGCGAGAUUCUGGUGCAAACCACGACCCGGAUGGUGGUGUCUUCGUACGCCUACGCACUGCUCUUGCUGAGCCUGACGGUGCAAUUCCACUGGCUGGAGGGGGAAGAAUCGGCCUCGCCGGGAGGAAUGUUUCCGGRUUCCGUACCGGCGCAGGAGGARGAGCAGCGGCGGCAACGGGAACAAGAGGCGUUUCUGAUGCGGAGCCACCAAUACUUGCUGAACGAGGGGCUUCCGCUGCUGGUGUCGACCGUUCGGAGGGCUGUGGAAGACGUGUGCUUUGGGGACGGGGACGACACCGACGAGGAAACCGAAGACGGCGAUGCCRGCCGCGGGAGCGGCGACAGCCAACACUGGACGAAUCCGUCGAGCACGUUCGUCACGCGCGAGGAAAUCGAAGAAGCCCUUUGCGUGCGCCUUCCGCGGAGGCUGGAGGACGCCGGAUCCGGUGGCCGCCAUCGCAGGGGCCGCCGCCGCCGCAACUGGAUCCGAUUCGUUCUGCCCGACGAGGAAGCCUUCGAUCCGAUCUGGGACGUCUGYCGGAGCCCCGUCUGGGAGGACGCGCAGGAACAGGUGCUGGGGUGCCUGUGGCACGAGGUGCUGCGGGACGGCGGAACCAACCGCUCGGACGGCCGGGGCUGGGGCGGUUUGUUCCGGCCCGGCGAGAAAGCGAACCCCGCGGGACCUUCCGGCGAAAACACACCGCCGGAACCCCCGGGGCAGGGGGAGAAGCAACCACUGGUGAAGGUGAUGGCGCGGUUCAAAAAGGCCGCGUCCUCCCUCUUCGACGACAGCGGUCCCGAAACCGGGUGGGAGGGCACGAUCCAUGGAAGAUUGCUCCUGCUGCCAACCGUCYUGGAACUGGGGGACGUCACCCUCGAAUAAACCAAAACGAUUCGUGGAGGGACGCACCGGGGGAUCGGUGGUUCACGUCUCGACGCGGAAGAAACCACCGGCCAGAGGGUUUUCGAUGUUGUCUCGAACKGUGUGCCGCGUCCGCGAAUGGGCAGKGGUCCUCUUCGGUGUCGCGCCCGAGUCGCAUGAACUAUUUUUGA